AUGACCAACAAUUUGACUACUAAAUCUCUUUUCACACAGAAGUAUGGAACUUUGGACAAGGAAGAGGUUGAAGAGAAUGCAAAGAGGAUUGAGGAUGUGGCUUUUGCUACUGCAAAUCUACACUAUGAGAAAGAGCCAGAUGGUGAUGGAGGUUCUGCAGUCCAGCUUUAUGCCAAGGAAUGUAGUAAGCUCCUCCUAGAUGUUCUUAAAAAAGGACCUAGUAAAAAGGAUAAUGAAGUGGUGACAAGCAUAGAGGUUGAAAUGGAACACAUUGAUAUUGGUGAACCUGAGAAUACUGGUUUACCAAUGCCAACUGCUGUUAUGGUUGGCACUGGAGUAGGUGCAUCUCAGGGAAUACUUAUCAAAGGAGGUCAAGCCUUAGAAAAUGCACAUAAGGUGAACUGUGUUGUAUUUGACAAAACAGGUACUCUCACAAUUGGGAAGUCUGUGGUAGUAAAUACAAAGCUGUUGACAAAUAUGGUACUCUGGGAAUUCUAUGAACUUGUGGCUGUAGCUGAGGUGAAUAGUGAGCAUCCACUGGCUAAGGCCAUAGUUGAGUAUGCCAAAAAACUGAGAGAUGAUGAGAACCCCAUUUGGCUAGAGGCACAGGAUUUUAUGUCCAUUGUUGGACAUGGAGUUAAGGCCAUGGUUAGAAACAAGGAAAUACUUGUGGGUAACAAGAGCUUGAUGGAAGACCACAAUGUUGCACUUCCCAUCGAUGCUGAAGAGAUGCUUGCAAAAGCCGAAGCAAUGGCUCAAACUGGAAUUAUAGUGUCUAUUAAUAGGGAAGUAGUUGGGGUUUUAGCAGUAUCUGAUCCAUUGAAACCAGCUACACAAGAAAUCAUUUCCAUUUUGAAGUCCAUGAAAAUUAGGAGCAUCAUGGUGACUGGGGACAAUUGGGGAACUGCCAAUUCUAUAGCAAGGGAAGUUGGAAUUGAAACAGUUAUUGUUGAGGCCAAACCAGAUCAGAAACCAGAUUAG